GGGCUCGGGCCGCCGCGCUUUGUGCAGCGGCUGGCCGGCGCGGCAGGCCCUGGGCCGGUGCGGUUCCCGGGCAUGCUGAGCAAGGGGCUGCUGCGCCUGGUCUCUUCAGUCAACCGCAGGAGGAUGAAGCUGCUGCUGGGCAUCGCGUUGCUCGCCUACGCCGCCUCCGUUUGGGGCAACUUUGUUAACAUGAGGUCUAUCCAGGAAAAUGGUGAACUAAAGAUCGAAAGCAAGAUUGAAGAGAUUGUUGAACCGUUAAGAGAGAAAAUCAGAGAUUUGGAGAAAAGUUUCACCCAGAAAUACCCACCAGUAAAGUUUUUAUCAGAAAAGGACCGGAAAAGGAUUUUGAUCACUGGAGGUGCGGGCUUUGUGGGCUCCCAUCUGACUGACAAACUCAUGAUGGAUGGCCAUGAGGUGACCGUGGUGGACAACUUCUUCACAGGCAGGAAGAGAAACGUGGAACAUUGGAUUGGCCAUGAGAACUUUGAGCUGAUUAACCAUGAUGUGGUGGAGCCUCUCUACAUUGAAGUUGACCAGAUAUAUCACUUGGCAUCUCCAGCUUCCCCUCCAAACUACAUGUACAACCCCAUCAAGACACUGAAAACUAAUACAAUUGGAACACUAAACAUGUUGGGACUGGCAAAGCGUGUGGGUGCCCGUCUGCUCCUGGCCUCCACAUCUGAAGUUUAUGGAGAUCCUGAGGUCCACCCUCAAAGUGAGGACUACUGGGGCCACGUGAAUCCCAUAGGACCCCGAGCCUGCUAUGACGAGGGCAAACGCGUUGCAGAGACUAUGUGCUAUGCCUACAUGAAGCAGGAAGGUGUGGAAGUACGGGUGGCGAGAAUCUUCAACACCUUCGGGCCACGAAUGCACAUGAAUGAUGGGCGGGUGGUCAGCAACUUUAUCCUGCAAGCACUACAGGGGGAGCCACUCACGGUAUAUGGAUCUGGGUCUCAGACACGGGCAUUCCAGUAUGUCAGUGAUCUGGUGAACGGCCUAGUAGCACUCAUGAACAGCAACGUCAGCAGCCCUGUUAACUUGGGGAAUCCAGAAGAACACACCAUCCUGGAAUUUGCUCAGUUAAUUAAAAACCUUGUUGGUAGUGGAAGUGAAAUUCAGUUUCUCUCUGAAGCCCAGGAUGACCCACAAAAAAGAAAACCAGACAUCAAAAAAGCAAAACUGAUGUUGGCAUGGGAACCUGUGGUCCCAUUGGAGGAAGGGUUGAACAAAGCCAUCCACUACUUCCGGAAGGAACUAGAAUACCAGGCCAAUAACCAGUAUAUCCCCAAACCUAAGCCUGCCAGAGUGAAGAAGGGCCGGACGCGCCACAGUUGAGGUAGCCUUA